AUGAGGUUGUCCAUCGGAGUGCUGGCUUCAUUGCCAGCACUGGUUGCUUCGCUGGCUUCCACCGAUUCAUACCGUGAUGCUGAUUUGCCUCAAUCGGGCUAUCUCCCUAACCACAACCUUGACCCAAACAUUGCCGGUUCUUCAAGCUUCAGAAACUUAUGGACUUUCACUUCCCCCGACAGCAAGGAGUUCUGGUUGGCCAAGCCCUUGGUCUACACACCUGAGGGGGGCACCGAGCUUGUCAUCACCGCCUCUGAGAUGAACAUCAUUCGUAUCUUCGACAGUAAGACCGGAAACAUCCUGAAGCAGAGAACCCUCCAGGCCCCCUUCUCCGCUGCCGACAGCAACUGCGGCGACAUCCCGAACUGGGUUGGCAUCACCGGUACCCCCAUCAUCGAUCCCGCGACAAGCAUCAUGUACGUUUUCUCCAAGGGCUACCGAGACGGGACCACUUCCGGCACAGCCAACGGUGUCUACAAGAUGUACGCGAUUCGUAUUCCCUCGCUCGAAGAUGUCGACAAAUUCCCCGUCCUGAUUGACGGCAUCAAUGCCGAUAACGACCCAGCCAAGUACUUCGUCGGUGGUGUGGCCCUGCAGCGACCCUCUCUGGCCGAGCUCAACGGCCACAUCGUCGCCGCGUUCGGCUCUCACUGCGGUCGCUGGAACUACACUGGUUACCUCGUGUCCGUCAGUAAGACACCCGGCGUGGGCCCAGUGAGCAUGUGGGCCACGGAAGCCGCUCCUGGAGCUCCCAAGCCGCAGCCACUUGAUCUCGAAGCCGAAACGGGAGGCAAGGCAGGAAUUUGGCAGAGUGGCAUGGGUUUGCCCGUCAUCGGCAACAACGUCUACUUCGUGGCAGGCAACGGUCAGGGACACGCCAACGGAAAUGUCCCCGCCAGUGGCAGAAUCUACAUGUCCACCCUCGACGAGUGCACGGUAAAGAUGGAGGUAGCGUCGACUGGAAAGUUGAGCCUGAUCGAUUACUUUCAGCCAUAUGACUACAUUGGACUGGAUGCUGGUGACCGCGAUGUCGGUUCUUCGGGACUCGCCGUCCUGGACCCAACCGUUUUCAAGGGCACUGGCGUCAACCGAAUGUGCGUCACGGCUGGAAAGAAGGGCAGAGCCUACGUCAUGAACGCUGACAACCUCGGCGGUUUUCGACAGGCGGCUGACGGCGGCGAUGGCAUCAUCCAGACAAUUGAGCUUGGAUUCUCACUGUACGGCGGAUUCGGCAGCUACCCCGGCGAGGGCGGUUACAUCUACGCGACCACUGUCGGUGGCCCGCUUGUUGCGUACAAGCUUGGCUUCGACGCGAAAGGUGCGCCCCAAUUCACCCUUGCCGGCAAAUCAGCCUCCUUCGUCGGAGCUGGUCGCGUUGGUGUUGGCCAAAUGACUAUCACAUCUGACAACGGCAAGCCUGGUACUGGCAUUGUCUGGGUUGCGGAUGUCAACGUCGGUCUCCAAGCUUUCCGUGCCGUUCCUCAGGACGGCGUUAUGAUUCCCAUCACCUUGCCCUCCACCCAAGGUAGCAACAAGUUCCAGCGUCCGGUCUUUGGGGAUGGUCGUGUCUUCAUGAACGUCAACAACAACAGGCUUGUGGCUCUGGGAUCUCCCGUCAACCCUGCUGUCAACUGCACCAGCCCAGUGGACUUUGGCUCUCUUGAAGCUGGUUCCACCGCCAGCGUGACUGUCAACUGCAAGGCCAACGUCGCCCUUACCAAGGUCAAUGGCUGCACUUCUGCGGAUCCUACUUUCACUUGCUCCAACUCAACUCUGCCCCAGGGCGCUGUCGCUGCAGGGGCUUCUUUCUCCUUGAACGUCACUUUCGACCUCUCCAACCCAGCCGUAUCGAUUGUGCCUGGAGUCCUUUCUAGCGCUGUCACGCUCUCCAUCAGCCCUCCUGCAGAGUACGCAACUAGCGUGCUGGUGUCCGUCCAAGGCACUGUCGUCAGGCAGGGCGCCUUUUUGAGUGCUACCCCGUCGGACAUUGCUUUUGGUAGAUUAGUCCUACGUGAUGCCCCUGACGGUCUCACGGGGUCUGCUCUCAUUCAAAAUGUUGGCAACGGCACCUUGACAUUCACCGGUUUUGCCUGGCAGACGAACACUAGCGCCUACGCCAACUUUACCGGUGAUGGCGGGCUUGGCUCUGGUUUCUCAUCGACAAACUUCCCGACCGUUGGCUCCACUCUUGAAGCCGGAAAGAGUCUGACAGUCGCCCUCCGCUUCUUGAGGGAGACACCUGGAUCAUACUUGUCAAAGAUCACCAUCUGGUCUAACGGAGGAACUGCUGUGCUCACUUUGAGUGCUUCCGUCAACGACCCGCCUGCUGUUUCGUUCGAAGUCUCCAAUGGCUCCGGUGGCUGGACUGUGCUCUCAAACUACACCGUCUCGUAUGGCAAUGUGGUUGCAGGAGGCCUUGUUGACAAGCAAAUCAGGGUCUGCAACAAGGGCGAUGCCCCUCUGACGAUCACCAUUUCCAAGCCCCCCGCCACCUCGCAGCUCUUCGCUUUGAACCCUAACAACGAGCUCACCGAGGGAACGCAAGUUGUCGGCGGUAGCUGCUCCAUCGGAAGCGUUGGGAUUCAUGCCGCACCGGUUCAACCGAACCAUCCUGCCCAGGCCUUGCGGGCCACGUGGACUCUCAGCACCGACGGUCUUAACUCAACCACCGGCGAAGUUUCGGGUCGUCACGACAUUGUCUUCGAAGGGACCGUCGUCAGCAAGCAAGUCGGGCCUCUUCUUACCAACGGUACCGCCAAAUACCAGUAUGUUGGAUGCUUCAAGGAUACUACCAAUCUGGGCCGCAAUCUUCAGAGCUCUGUCAACACUGCUGCUCAACAGAAGACGAACACGCUGCAGCAGUGCCAGGGCAUUUGCAACGACAGAGGUUUUGCCCUAUCUGGUGUCCAGUACCACCAAGAAUGCUGGUGCGGUUCGAGCAUCAAGAAUCCGUCUACGUACGAGGACGAGUCCCUCAAUCUCUGCACUUUCGAUUGCACGGGAGAUGACACUCAGGCAUGUGGUGGUGAUAACGGUCACAUGAGCUUGUACGCCGAUAUUACAUCAUUCGACAUUGCUGGGUUUUACGAGUCUCUCAAGAACCCCAGCUCUAGCUCAUCUCUGCCAGCAUCAACGAGGUCCUCCACCAGAGCAUCGUCCGCUAGCAGCGUCCCUCCAGCCUCCUCUGUAGCAUCUUCCUCGGCUAUUACCAGCUCUGCGACAUCCUCGGGCAGCGGUGUCUCAAGUGCAUCUGUGACUUCGUCGUCAUUAGCGUCCAGUGCUUCGUCUGGUCCCCCAAGCUCAAGCCUCAGCACCGCUUUCGUCUCGACAAUUACCCCCACUUCCACGACUUCCAGCAGCGCGACUCCAUCUGCAACAUUUGUCGUGUCGCCCCUCAAUCCUCAGAUGCCAGCUAUCAUCGGCGGGCAGUGGCAGUACGCUGGGUGCUUCAAGGACCUUGUGGACGGUGAGAGACUCUUCCAGGGGGCGUCGUCCGCCUCGGACGACAUGAGCUUGGCCAAGUGCGCUGCAUUUUGCAGUACUGGCGCGCCAGGUGGUGGAGCUUUCAACUACUUCGGUGUCGAGUAUGGCCGCGAAUGUUACUGCGGUUGGGAUGCGCAAGCCGCCAAGAUGUCAACCUCAGAAGCCGAAUGUUCUUCGCCUUGUGCGGGUUCCUCCGUCGGUCUGUGUGGUGCCGGCUUCCGCCUUUCGGUUUAUAACAACACAAUCCCCAACCAAGCACCGUCUCAGCCCCAGCACGCUGCACGAGCAGGCGACUACGAGUUCCUGGGAUGCCAGACCGAAGGCGUCAACGGACGCGCUUUGUCGGGGGCUUCCUUCGGCUCGGCAGAUAUGACAACCAAGGCUUGCGCGGCCUUCUGCGCCAAGGGCAACUUCCAGUACAUGGGUGUUGAGUACGCCCAAGAGUGCUGGUGCGGAAGUGCAACCAACGCGGGAUCUGUCCCGGCUCCGCUGAAGGAGUGCGAUAUGCUCUGUCGCGGCAACCAGUCCGAGUACUGCGGAGGAACCAGCCGCCUUGAUCUUUUCAAGCUUUCUGCUGCUAGUGGACAGUCAUCGUCGGCGUCCAGUACCCCGACAAUUCAAUCAUCAUCAGUCGGUUCCAGCUCUGCCUCUGUUGGCGCCAGCUCAAGUGUCGCCUCUUCAAGCUCCGCAGUUCUCAGCUCCCGAUCGUCCACCGCGAAUCCCAGCCCGUCAUCAAGCAGCUCGGUGAUCUCAUCAUCAUCUGUAGCGCCAUCUAGCUCCCUCGUGCCAUCUGUGCCGGCAUCAACAACCACAAGUAGUUCCCCUUCGUCAAGUGACAGCUCGUCGUCCUCGGCCUCAGCCACGGCAACCGACGGGUACUACUAUGUUGGCUGCUACAGGGACCGGCCUACCGGACACGCACUUCCUCUGCUGUUUGCCAAUCAGAGCGUCACGCCUGAGCUUUGCAUUGCUCACGCCAACUCGGUGUACAGCAAGGCCCCAACACCGACAACCAAGCUGCCGUACUUGUUCUUGGAGUACCACCACGAGUGCUACGGCGGCUCGAGUCUCGACUUCCAGGGCGGCGUUGUCACCUCCCUUGUCGGGACCAAGGCCUGCAAGAACUACUGCUAUGGCAGUGUUAGUACCUUCACCACCGACGGCACCGUCACGACCACAACAAACACUGCCAAUUACUGCGGCGGGGCUAAGAUGUUUGACCUGUACGCUCUUUCAACGCCGGUUGCACUCCCGACAACCGGCGGCCCCGUGGUUACCCAGACUGCCUAA